CUAUGCGCUCCUCGAGCCGGGCAUGCGGAAUGUCGCGGCGAGAGUGCGUGGCUUAGGCCCGGCCAGGGAGGCGGCGGCACGACGCGUAACGCGCCUCGUGUUGCGUAGCGUAGCCUGCUGCUGCUCCACAUCCCGCCACACCCAUCGGCAACGCGCAACCUGUCCAUCACGGCGCACGGCCUCGCUGGCCUCACCCUGGCCCCUCGCUGUCCUAGUGCCAGCCAUGUCAGACCUGCGCGCCUUCUUCACUCCGCCGCGCGAGCGUGCGCAGCCCCCGCCGCGCCGCUCUGCCUCGCCGCUCGACGCGCGCAUCCAGGAGGCACUGCGCCGCUCGCGCGAGGAGGCGCGCGUGGCGGCGCUGAGCGACGACGAGGCACUGCGCGAGGCGCUGGCGGCGUCGCUGGCCGAGGCGCAGCCCGAUCCUGAGGAGCUGGGCGGCGCUGCCGGCGGCAGCAAGGCGGAGCGCGGCACUGCUAGUGGCGACUGGAAGGACUGCGGCGAGGCGAGUGGCCGCCGCACAGACGACAACAAGCCGGGCAGCGCAGCAGGCCGUCGACUGUCUGGUGGAGCCCUUGACGGCGGUGCGGACUCCAAGCGGCGUCGCACGGAACCCGCUGCGCAGCGGACUGCAGUGGCGGAGACGGAGCUCAAGCAGGAGUCUAGCAGUGCGAAGCCGGCCAAGCCGAUUGCGCCGCUCUUCGCGCGCUCCUCCUUGCCGGUGCCCGCACCGGACCUGACGAGCGCGGUGGCUAGCACGAGUCAAACGCCUCUCGAGGUCAUUGACCGCUUCGACGGCUCGCUUGAUCUGCUCUACUGCAAGGGCUGGCUCACGCCGAUCGCACGGCAGGCGCUCUUCGCUUGGAUGACGGCCGAGCUGCGCUGGCAUCGCGUCAUUUACACGCGCCCCGGCACGGGCAUCACGAUACGCACGCCACGCUACACCACCACGUACGGUAGAGACGAGACGGGUGCGCCGGACGUCGCCUAUCAGCAGCCGCCCGUGGCCUUUCCGCCGUGUCUGGACGAUCUGCGCCGUCUCGUGGAGGCGGCGACUGGCGCACGCUUCAACACGAUGAUCUGCAACCUCUAUGCAGAUGGCAAUGAUAGCAUCUCCUAUCACAGCGACGACGAGGCUUUCCUCGGGCCCAACUGCACCAUCGCCUCGCUGUCACUUGGCGCUGCGCGCGACUUCUUCAUGCGGCGCAAGGCACCUGCCGGCGUGGACAUUGCGCCGGCGCGGCCAGACCAGAAGUCCGGCACCAAGGGCUCAGGCCCUGCCGCAGGGCGCCCCACGGAGCGGUGGCGGCUCGGCGACGGCGACCUCCUCGUCAUGCGUGGGCGCACGCAAAGCGAGUGGGAGCACGCCGUGCCGAAGCGCGCCAGUGCUGGGCCACGCAUCAACAUCACGUUCCGGCGCGUCAACUGCGUCGCUGGCGUCAACAACUUUAUGCGGUACUCUCGAGGCGACGGACCGGGGUAUCGAUGGCGCGGCGGUCGUCUCGUCGAGGCGCCGGGCGGCCAGUGACACGGCUCAAUCAUCCACUUGACACCAGCGAAUCUCGAAGGCACGGAACAGCGU